UUACCUUAGAUUAUUAUGAUCAUCUUAUCCAUAGCAACAAAUAAAAUCCACGGGUCUCGAUUGAAUGCCAAUGCUGCAGUUCAAUCUAGGAAGCUCCAUUUUCAGUCCGGGAGCACGCAUUACUCUGCGUACAAAACGAUUGAACACCAGAUUGCAAUUCAGUAUCUGCAGAUGAAAUGGCCGCUGCUCGAUGUCCAGGCAGGCACCCUCCAGAGCAGACAAGCCCUCAAGGACGCACGCUCUCCGUCGCCGGCGCACAUUGUUUGUCCCCUCCCUUGCUGCACUCAGGGCCACGACUGUCAGCACCUCUACCCCCCCUCAGACUUCACUGUCAGCACUCAAGUCUUCAGGGACAUGAGAAGGAGCCACUCCUUACAAAAGGUUGGGGAGCCCUGGUGUUUGGAGUCGAACAAAGUGCCGGUGGUGCAGCACCCUCACCAUGUCCACCCUCUCACGCCUCUUAUCACAUACAGCAACGAACACUUCACCCCGGGAAACCCGCCUCCACACUUACCAGCUGACGUAGACCCCAAAACAGGAAUCCCACGGCCUCCGCACCCUCCAGAUAUAUCUCCGUAUUACCCACUAUCUCCCGGCACCGUAGGACAAAUCCCCCAUCCGCUAGGAUGGUUAGUACCACAGCAAGGCCAGCCAGUGUACCCAAUCACGACAGGAGGAUUCCGCCACCCCUACCCUACAGCGCUGACGGUCAACGCUUCCAUGUCCAGCUUUCUGUCUUCUAGGUUCCCUCCCCACAUGGUCCCACCACAUCACACUCUCCACACGACCGGCAUCCCCCACCCGGCCAUCGUCACGCCAACAGUCAAGCAGGAAUCCUCCCAGAGUGACGUCGGCUCACUCCACAGCUCAAAGCAUCAGGACUCCAAAAAGGAGGAGGAAAAGAAGAAGCCCCACAUAAAGAAACCUCUCAACGCGUUCAUGUUGUAUAUGAAGGAAAUGAGAGCGAAGGUCGUCGCCGAGUGCACGUUGAAAGAGAGCGCGGCCAUCAACCAGAUCCUGGGGCGAAGGUGGCACGCGUUAUCGAGAGAGGAGCAAGCAAAAUACUACGAGCUGGCGCGGAAGGAGCGGCAGCUCCACAUGCAGCUGUACCCCGGCUGGUCCGCACGGGAUAACUACGGGAAGAAGAAGAAGAGGAAAAGGGACAAGCAGCCCGGGGAGACCAAUGAACACAGCGAAUGUUUCCUAAAUCCUUGCCUUUCACUUCCUCCGAUUACAGACCUGAGCGCUCCUAAGAAAUGCCGAGCGCGCUUUGGCCUUGAUCAACAGAAUAACUGGUGCGGCCCUUGCAGGAGAAAAAAAAAGUGCGUUCGCUACAUACAAGGUGAAGGCAGCUGCCUCAGUCCACCCUCUUCAGAUGGAAGCUUACUAGACUCGCCUCCUCCCUCCCCCAACCUGCUAGGCUCCCCUCCCCAAGACGCCAAGUCGCAGACUGAGCAGACGCAGCCUCUCUCGCUGUCCCUGAAGCCCGACCCCCUGGCCCACCUGUCCAUGAUGCCUCCGCCGCCCGCCCUCCUGCUUGCCGAGGCCGCCCAUGGCAAGGCCCCUGCCCUCUGUCCCAACGGGGCCCUGGACCUGCCUCCCGCCGCUUUGCAGCCGCCCAUCCUGCCCUCGUCAUCUAUUGCACAGCCGUCGACAUCUUCCUUACAUUCCCACAGCUCUCUGGCCGGGACCCAGCCCCAGCCGCUCUCCCUGGUAACCAAGUCUUUAGAAUAGCUUUAGCUUCGUGAGCCCCGCUUGUUUUGUGUAGUGUUUCAUUUUGCUUUUCUUCAUUUCCUCCCCCCCUUUUUGGAAGGUUUUGUUUUGUACCCUUAAUUUUGUGCCACGUGGCUACAUUAGUUAAUGUUUAUCGAGUUCAUUGGUCAAUAUUUGACCCAUUCUUAUUUCAAUGUCUCCUUUUAAAUAUGUAGAUGAGAAAAGAACCUCAUGAUUCUACCAAAAUUUUUAUCAACAGCUGUUUAAAGUCUUUGUAGCGUUUAAAAAUAUAUAUAUAUAUACAUAACUGUUAUGUAGUUGGGAUAGCUUAGUUUUAAAAGACUGAUGAAAAAGCAAAAAGGAAAAAAAAAAAAAAACAAGAAGCAAUUUGGAAGCAGCCCUCCAGAAGGAGUUGGUUCUGUAUUAUUUGUAUUAAAUACGAGCUUGCGAACCAAUCAUUUUACAUCUGGUUUUUAAACCACCAGGGCACGACGAAUGCAGUGCCGUGAGUUUUUUUUCUUCUUCCGUGUGAAACAACUUUUAUUGUGAUGUUACUUGUUAUUGUUUAAAUGUACAGAAACAAAGGGUUAAAAUGUGUUAAUAUACCUUGUUCCAUGGUGUUGUUCUUUUGGGGGGGGGAGGGGAUGCUACUCAACACUUAAGGCAUCACAGCGCUGUUGGACCAGUAGUAUUUAUUGCUUUAGAGAUUGCUCGUCGAACCCGUACGUCGUCCCUUUUAAAAUAUGUUUUCCUUUUUUCUUGAAACUGUGUAAAGUCUUUUUCCCCCUUAGCAUCAGCAUCUUAUAUAUAACAACUCAUUUGUACAAGGUUUUUAAGUUUAUAUAUAAAAUGUGUAUAUAUAUUUUUUGUUUCCAUUUUCGACUUUUUUUUUUCUGUAUGAAACCCAGAUGCCGCCAAAUGGACAUGAAUAGUUGCAUUAAAGGAUCAGUAGCAUUAACAAAAGUUGUUUUAAAAGCCAUUAUGUGAAACAAGACUUGAAAAUUAGCGAGGGAAUUUUAGCGACGCUGUUUGAGCAACGACGGGAACGUCCCUGUGUCCUCUUUGAACUCACAGUCGAACGCCCUGCACCCCGAGGAUGUGGACUGACUGCGGAACUUUAUGUGCCAAAAUUCUCAGUGACUUUAGCUUUCUCCCUCUUUUCGAUGCUGUAAUUUCCGUUCACCAUGUUUUGCUGUGAUGUUACAUAGGUAGAUCUGUGUGUAGUUUUAAUGUCACCUAUAACAAGAUGUGUUUGGUAGCAGAUUGUCCAGAAAAGCAUUUUAAAUGAAGAGGUAUAAACCCUUAAGGGCCAAAAUUCUGUAUAUUAGAUUACUCUUAAAGGAAAAACCAGCUACCGCUUCUAUGGACCCAUACGACAUACGAGUAGGUAGCGAACUUUAAAAAUAAACAAAACCUAGGCAUGUUGAUGUUGCAAAAUGCUGUAUAAAGCUGAAACCUGUUCAUUCACAGUGCCAUUGUAGUUGACAUGAAGCGAUUGUAAAACUGUCUCCGAUUUUUCUCUGGUUUAUUAAGAUGCUAACGAUAACAUUUUUUUGUGUGUGAAUACUUUGAAUGUUUCCUAACAGUUGUGAUGUUACUGUUCCGUUUUAUGCUCUUAUUCCAAUUUCAUUUCUAAUGGUUUGGAAGCCAUUUUUGUAAUGAAUAAAUGUUCAUGCUGUACAGUACCUGUAGCAUGCCGUGCUGGGUUAAUAAAAGCAACUUAGUGUGUGCAGAUGAAGGCU